GCACUUUCGCGCGCCCUAACUUCAACCAAGUUGAGAACUUUCAAGCAGUCCCGCAGUCGACAAAUCCGAGAAUCAUGCUGAGCAAGAAGAUGAUCGUCGCUGUUGCCGUGGUGUUGGCUGCGAUCUGUCUCGCUGAGGCGAGGGAGGAGGGCCCCCACGACAUGGCAGACGCACUCCGUAUGCUGCAGGAACUCGACCGCUAUUACACGCAAGCUGCUAGACCGAGGAUUGACCGCCGCGACGUCGCGGACGGGGACCGUGUCGACCCAGACUUGUUAGAUCGCGCGGUGCGGCUACUACAGCUGCAGAAUCUAGACCGCAUUUACUCCUACCACACCCGACCAAGGUUUGGCAAACGUUCCGAAGCAUUCACAAACUGGGCUAAAGACCAAGAAAAGCCGGAUCUACCGGCGUGGUUGACUUACGCUAGGAGGAGAUGAGUGGAGCGAAUCAACCGGCGUCAUAACUAAACAUUAUAUUACUAUUCUAUUACGUCAAUGUACCGGACUCAAAUGCUACUAUAUCUAAGGGACUCGUUUUAUCUUUAAAUUUUUCUAAUAUUUAGUCGUAGAUUAGAUGUCAAUUCAUCGUUAGUGUUUUUUUAUGUUCUUUUCUAUUUUUAGUCUAUAUCAGUAAGAAUGGCCUGUCUAUAAUUUUCUUUUAAACAGUAUUUAGCUACAGAAAAUGUAUUCGACUAGUAGAUAUAAUUUUAGCGAUUGUAUUAGAAAAU